AUGUCCGCUGCUGCCACAGACAACUAUCCGGUGUCCUCAGACACUCUCGCCACAGACACAAAUAUGGCUUUGGAUACCGUGCAACCAGGUUUGGAGGGGGAACCUAUGUCCGUCGAUGUAAAACCGGACUUGAACCUGAAGACGGAAGAUUCGCUGGUCCCACCGUCAACCUCGCUCGCCGACCUUGACAUGAAGGGCGAGAAGUCCGACUCCUCCAGUUCACUCAAUGGGUCGCCCAAUGAGUCCUCCAAGUCGUCUUCGCCCACGGCUACGUCGUCGAAGCCGCAGAAGGCAUCUACUCCCGGUCCACAGCUCAUUGGAGACCUUCCAAUAGCCAGAGAAGAUGCCCUGAAAACGUUCAACGAGAUACCCUUUAACAACUAUCAGUUCAAGUCCCUGGGUCGCUCCAGGGAGAGCGUCCUUAAGACGUUUGCUCCAUGUGUCGACAACGAAGACAAUGCUUGUGGCCCGUAUUCCGACUGCAUUAACCGCCUUACUCAAGUUGAAUGUCUCCCUGAGGAUUGUCGUUGUCGUUCGCAUUGUCAGAACCAGCGAUUUCAAAAACGACAAUAUGCGAACAUUGAGAUCGUUUUGACGGAGAAGAAGGGCUAUGGACUACGGGCUGAGGAUGAUAUACCCAAGGAUUCUUUUAUUUAUGAGUAUGUAGGGGACGUGGUUAGCCCAAAUAGCUUCAAGAAACGCAUGCGGGAGUACGCCGAGGAGGGAAUUCAACACUUUUAUUUCAUGAUGCUGCAGAAGGACGAGUUCAUCGAUGCCACGAAAUCGGGCGGUAUUGGUCGUUUCGCCAACCACAGCUGCAAUCCCAAUUGCUAUGUCGCCAAAUGGACGGUCGGAGACCAUGUGCGGAUGGGCAUUUUCUCAAAACGCCUAAUUAGGAAGCAUGAGGAGUUGACGUUCAACUACAAUGUGGAUCGUUAUGGUCAUCAAGCACAGACAUGUUACUGCGGGGAGCCCAAUUGUAUAGGGUUUAUCGGAGGAAAGACGCAGACCGAUGUGGCCACGAUGGACGACCUCUACCUGGACGCUCUUGGUAUCACCGACGAGGACGAUGUUGCGGCGUUGAAGGGGACCAAAAAGAAGAAGGGGAAGAAGAUCGACGACCCCGACUUCAUGCCUUCUGUCAAACCUAUCGUCGAAAAGGAGGUACCCAAGGUGGUUCAGGCUAUCCGACAAACAUCCAACCGCAAGGUGCUGUACAAGCUCCUUACUCGUAUCAAGAUCACCGACGACCAAGCCGCUUUGCGUCAAAUCAUGCGCCUUCGUGGUUACAGCGUUAUGAAGAACGUCUUGGAGGACUAUGUCGCAGACCUCGAUCUCGUGGAACUUGUGCUGCAGUGUUUGGAAUCGUGGCCACUUUUGAAUCGAAACAAGGUCGACGACUCUCAAAUUAUGACCUCUGUGGAAGGGCAUGCUACUUCAGAACGGGAGUCCUUACAAGCAUUGGCGAAGAAGCUUAUGGAACACUGGCAAUCUCUGCCCCUCUACAACCGGAUACCUAAGCGAGCUCUUCCCCAGGAUGACGGUCCCUCGAAGGAUAAGCCAGACACCCCAACCCUCGAUCCUUAUGAGGAACAGAUCAAACGUCGACGGCAAGAGGAGGAGCAGAAACUUCGGUGGGUACGAAUCAGAGCUCAGCAGUUAGAAAGGGAGAAACAGCAGCGCCAGUUCCGGGAGCAUCAAAGAGGGCUUGUCAAGGACCUAUACGACCCGUUCCCACCUCAGCCGCAAAAGCCCUCGGUGGAUACCUCGUCGAAGAUGCAGGAGAUGCUCAAGGCUAUCAUCGCCAAUGCAACGGAAACAGUCGCUGCAGAGGAGAAGAGGAAGGCAGAGGAGGCAGAGGCGAAAGCUAAAGCUGAGGCUGCUGCUGCGGAGAAGGCCGCCCGGAGGAAGGCGAGGGCUGCUGCGAAGAAGGCCAUGACGCCUGAGGAGAAGGAGGCACUGAAGGAGAAGAGGCUGAUGAAACUGAUCGGAGCUGUGGUUGUGAAAUCUAUGUCCAAGUAUGCAAGGGGUUUGCAGAAGGACUACUUCAAGAAGUAUGCCAAGGAGCUUACCCAAGUCAUCACUGAGAAGGAGAAAAAGUCUUCCAGUUACAAGGAAGGCCGUCUGGAGUCACUCUCGGAGGAGAAGGUGGCCAAGAUCAAGAAGUUUUCGAAGGAUUAUAUUGCCAAAGUCCUUCGGAAACUGGAGAAGGCAGGGAAAUACUCUUCGCAGUCCUCCAGGGCUACGACAGAGCAGACGGGCGCAUCUAGCUCGACGCAUACACAAACUCCGAAUAGUCUGGAUGGUGGUGAUGGAUCGAUAAAUGGCGGGGGAGAGGUGCCGAUGUCAGUCGAGGAGGCCAUGGAUAUGGAGGAAGACUCGGAUGUGGACGCCGACGGAAGCGUGGCGGGCGAUGAGGAACAGAGACGAGCCUUCAGGAAUGGAGAUGGGCGAGAAGACGGUUCGAAGACGAUGAAAUGA